AUGGACGAGAUGGGCCCUGGCGUUUCAUCUCGCGACCUCGAGAUAUGCCGGAUGUCCAAUGUGGCGCCUGCGGACGACGAGGUCGCUGCCAGAGUCCGAGCGACCGUCGCGGGCGAUUUUCAGCCUGAGCGAGUCAACGGCUUCCCCAUGAGGCCUGAUGAGGGGUCGGUAGACCUGGGCUCGAUCGAUGCCCGGUCCUCGAGACCUCCAGUAAAAGAGGACGACGCCGAUCGUGAUAGGAGGCACGAGUCCGCGGAGAAACAAAUGUCCGCAAAGGACUUAGGAAAGAAAAAGGAAAAGAAGGAGAAUCUCGAGCGACAAGCGCUCGAGAAACGCCGCGCAAAGUCAAGGCAGAGGGGAGAAUCUGAGGAGGAGUCUCCUGAUGAAGACGAUGGCAACGACGGGGACGGUGAUAGCGAUGACUCCGAGGGGAUGGCGGCUCGCCUUGACAAAAUCCUCGAGGAUCCGCCACAGGCCGACGUCGACGUUCUGCGGAUGGGAGCCCCUAAGGGGGCGUCAAGCGGGUCGCGUGACGGUCAACAGAGGGAGCCCUCCCCGCACCGCUCUCGCGCCGAUACCCCCCCUUUGCCUGCGCCGGGUCGGACCGUCUCCCGCCCGCAACCUCCUCCCGCGUCUGGGACAGGCCAUCGAGUUAAGACCAUGGCGACGGGGCCACUGACUCGCGGUCGUGCUGCCGUGACGGCCUCAAGCCUAGGGGAGGUAGGUCGUGGGAGUUCUAGUUCUGGCGCACGUCAGACGGGAGACACCGAGCCUAAACCUACGCCCGCCCGUGAGAGGCCCGGGGUCUCGACGCGGGGCAGCUCGAAGCUAGCCGGUCGAGGUGCUGGCAGGCGGGUAGCUCUUCCUGUGGGGUUAAAGCGGCCGCUCGAACAGGCCCAACCCUCGAUGGCUAAGAAGCUCAAGGUGGGGGCGGCUCCCAAAGACUCGGGUUCGUCUGAACCUCGGCCAUCGACGGGCAUCGAGAGCACCCCGCCUCGUCCAUCGGCGGGAGAGACCGCCCCGCCGUCACCAAGGCGGAUCGAGGCGCCUGGUUUUAUCCACGCGACGAGGGGCGGCUGGGAGCAACUUCCUCUUCUCAAGGACCAGCUCCUGGAGUCGCAAGAGAAGCUCCUCAAGGCCUACAAAGAGCUUGUGGCACUUGAGGAGGAGAAGAAGGAGAGGGAGGCUGCCUUGGCCGAAGCUCGGGAAGCCUCGAGGAAGGCGGUAGAAGAGGCCACACAGCUGAGGGAGCGGACCAUGACGGUCGAGGAGGCUGCGUCCAGGGCCCGAGAAGAGGCCAUUUUUUACAAGGACGUGGCCGCCGAUCUCGACAAGGAGAAGGGCCUCAUCAAGGCUGACCUCGCCUCCGCCCGAGAGGCCUACUGA